UGUUUUUCAAAGUUUUUCAUGCAUCUAUAUUUUUAAAUAACUGGUUAAUAAAUAAUAAAUAAUACGUCACCAAAUCCUAAUUUGGUUACCUUAUUUUAAAUAAAAACUCACUUCUAUCAACGCCAUAUUUAAAAAUAUUUUUCAUUAGUUAUAACUACAUUUUAAUAGUUAGACACUCAAAAACAGAAAAAAUUAUUUAUUUUCAAAUAAAUAUCCAUCAGUUAUUAUUUAAUAUGAUCGAAUUUUCAAGAAAUCAAGUUUUUUUAGUAUGCCGUUGUUAAAAGUAACGCUUAACUUUUUACAUUCAGUGUUUAGCAAAGCAAAGAAAAGACUUGGAUUCAAAUCAAAAAAGAAGGUAAAUUUAGCUAAUUGUACCACUAACACUACUGUGAACUCAACUGAAAAUGAAUCACAAACAAUAUAUACUGAAAUCAGUUAUGCUCCUCAUCCUUCUACAAUCCAAGAAAAAACAUUAUCGUUGAAAGAUUUGGCACAACAAUCUUUGGACGAGAACAAUGAAGUGAAUUCAGCGAAAUAUAAAUCACAAGGAGAAUAUGUUGAAAUGGCUAAUGCUCCUCAUCACUCGAUAAUCCAAGAAAACCCAUUAUUGUUGAAAGACUUGGCACAACGAUCCAAGGAUAAGAACAAUGAAGUGAACUCAGCGAAAUAUAAUUCACCAGAAGAUUAUGUUAAAAUGCCUAAUGCUGCUCAUUCAUCAAUUUUCCAAGGAGAGUUAUCAUUCUUGAAAGAUAUGCAACAAGAGUGGUAUUUAUGCUGCUCAAAAGAAGUCGACGAAUGUUGCUGUAUGGAUAAGUUAAGAAAAUCAUAUGUUAAUGAACAUUAUAUUAAACAGAUGUUUUUAAAUUUAGAAUUUAACAAAGAAAAAACUGUAUCAAUAUUGGUCUGUGCAAGUCAGCUCUUUGAAAAAGUUAUAAAAUUACAAUCAAUUUUCAAAUCGCAAAACAUACCUAAAGAAAUAACAGAAUUGAGCGUAAACAACUGUUUAAAAAUAACAAGACAACUUAUAAAAGAUUCUACUCGUGGUUGUAUGGAAAAUUGCUAUUCAUCGUCGGGAGUUCUUAAAAAUUUAGAAAAUUUAUAUUUUGAAGUUUUGUUAAAAAUCGAAGACCUCAUGAUCUUGGUUGAUCAAAUUUUAAUAUGCCAAAAGGCACAGGAUUAAUAUAAAUCACGAUUUUUCAUUAGCGUUAAAAAAAACAUAAGCUGCUUAAGUGGUUGAUUUUCUUUGUAAUCUUUUAAGUGUUAUUCACAUAUUUUUUUUAUACUAUUAUAAUUAAAAAAAUUAUCAUUUUUACUGAUAUAAUAUUAUUAAUAAUUAUUUUUCUUAUAAAUUAUGUUACGUAAAAUAUAUGUAUUUUUUGUAUUAUUUUAUCAAUAAUUAGAAACACUUAUUGUUAUC